UUAUAAUACAAUUAAUGAAGAGAAUUUCGUAUUUCUGCAUUUAUUAACAUUUAUUGACAAAUCUAUCAGUAUAUCCUGUUGCGCUUGCUUUCAAUUUGUUUUGCGUGUGUCACAAUUGUUUUUGUUAGCAGCGGGAAAUAAGAAGAGAGUAUCAGAAGGCAUCAAUUGUUUGUUUUGAUACGCUUUUCAUUUAAUUUGUUUGAAUAAUAAAUCUGUUUAGAUAAUAUUCGUAGAAUAAGAAUAAAUUCUUAAAAAAAUCCGAUGGCAGAACGACUCGAAGAUCUUAAUUUACCAAAUGCUGUUGUAACAAGAAUCAUAAAAGAAGCAUUACCAGAAGGAGUUACAAUAGCCAAAGAUGCCAGAACUGCUGUAGCAAAGGCGGCUUCAAUUUUUAUAUUAUAUUUAACAUCCUCUGCAAAUACAAUUGCGAAGAAGGGAAAUCGCAAAACAAUAAGUGGUCAAGAUGUGAUUCAUGCAAUGAAUGACAUAGAGUUUGAUCAGUUUGUUGAUACGCUACAGGAGUCAUUAGAAAAUUUCCGUAAAGCUCAAAAAGAAAAGAAAGAUGCAACGUCCAAGAAAAAGCAACAGAAAAAAGAUGAGGAUGAUGUGAUAGAAGAAGAAGAUGUACGUAGGGAAGUUAUGGCCUUUUAA